UGCGGGAGAAGGUCUGCCUUCGGGAGCGGGCAAAAAGCUGCUCGAAACAUUCAAAUUAUCCGUUUGACAUUAAACAUUAGAGAUUAAUUAGACCAAGGGCAAAACCGGAUUUUAGAAGCCUCCGAUUGGACUGAUGAUUACAUAUUAGAGCAACGUAUUCCCACUGUACGGAAAUCAGAAGAUUGUUAUCUAGAGGCAAAAAACGUUUUCCAAGCAAGGGAUUAAGGAUCUGCAGCGGAGAACCUAUCAAGACAAACAGGAGCUUUAUCAUCAAGAAUACACACCACUAAUUCAUCACUGGUACUUCUCUUAGAGCGUCUGCUUCCAAUCAGAGGGAUUUAGCCUAAAAUAACUGUUCCGCAACCGAGCGCUUCUGUUUUUCAAAUUAAUUAACAUAUGGGUGAUAUAAUCUUUGCGAACAAAAAAAUCGAAUUAACCGAGCAAGACCAGGUGCAGACAAAAUCCGAUUUCAAUUGCAAGCACUUAUUUAAAUGCACGCAUCAAUAUUAGUCAUCCAGUGUGCUGGAGCAAAAGCGGGCAACGAAGACGGUCUGUCUCCGUGCAUUCGGGAUUAAAUCGAGAUGAAUCCUGCGUUGCCUUUUAACAUUUGUGUGAUUUUCCAAGAGAUCAGAAUGCAUCAAUGAAACCUCCGAAGAAAACGAAAGGGCCAAGUGAAGGGAUGGUUUUCGGAUUGUUUCCUAGGAGAGGAGAGGUUUAAUAUGUGUUCAACUACUGAGACCGUUCGCACGGCCGGAUUGAAGAUUUGCUAUAGGCGAGAUUAGGGCAUUUUUAUUCUAACGGCCAGGGGAGGAACGAAUCUUUUGAAAAAUAACCUGAUGUGUCUGGGUGGAUUACUACACGGAGCAGCAGAAAUAACUAAACGGGCGUCUGUUUGGGACUGGAUUCGCGCACCGCUUGCCGCUGUUGAGUUCGUCGGAGCUGCUGACGGAGGGAGAUUAAGUGGGUCGUUACUGUAAGCCCACGGGCAAAGUAAUAUAUUUUUUUUUGGUCAAAGAAAACAAACAAACAAAAAAAAGAUUUUAGGAUUAUCUUUGAAUUCUGGAUUUCAAACAUGAGACGCUUGUUCCCCCUCUGGACAGCCGCCUUCUGAAGCAGAUGCCCGGCUCGGCAACCUGCAUGGAAUUGUAGCCCGCAGCGCUAACAGCUUCGUUUGAAACGAUUUAUGAGUCGACGGAUUGUUCCCCGGCUGUAGAACCCCGCGCCCCACGAUGUUGGCCUGUCUGCAGAGGAGGCAGAACCCCCCUGCCCAGCACCUCGUCUGCCCCAGCAAGACCCUGGAGGCCCCGCACGCCACCAGCCGCAAAUGUGAGCUAGCAGCCCCCAUGCAUUCACCCCGGUAUCCCAGCCCAGCUGAGCUUGAUGCUUACGCACAGAAGACUGCCAACAGCCCGCUGUCCAUCAAGAUCUUCCCCACUAAUAUCAGGGUACCACAGCACAAGCACCUUAACCGAACUGUCAAUGGCUACGACACCACUGGUCAGCGCUACAGUCCCUACCCUCACCUUCACACGGGGGGCUACCAAGGCCUGCUGGCCAUUGUCAGGGCUGCCUCCGCCCCCACAGUCAAAGGUGUGGUCAAGAACUCUGAGGGCAAGCGGACUAAGCUAUCCCCAGCCCAAAUUGCGGUGGCUCCUUACCCGCCACCCAGUAGCAGCACUUUAGCCCAUGGCCAUGGGCAGAUACCGUACCACACAGGACCGCCCAAACCUCCCGAAGCCCCCACGUUGUCUGUGCCCCCGAACGUCACGGUAGCCGCUUCGGUGAUCCCCAUAGCGGGAGGCCGAGGUCUGGCUCUGCCCCCCCAGUCCAAUCUCCCCUCCAUUCAGAGCAUCAUCUACCAGAUCAACCAACACUGCCAGGCCCAGGCCCUGCAGCAGGUCUGCCCAGGGGUGGUGGUGGCGGCGGCGGCGGCGGCGGCGGCAACAUCGGCGAACCCCAGCCCCGCCAAGCAGUCGGCGGCGGCGGCCGCCUCUUCGAACUCCUCCUCCAACGGCUUUGCCACCGGCAUGGCGCCUCAAGGCAGCCUGGCCUACACGGGUGCCAUGCUGCCCGCCCAGGGGGCGGAGAUAGCCAAAGCCGGGACGGCCUACAUGGACAGCAUGGAUUACCUCCUCUGGCAGCAGAAGCAGCAGCAGCAGCAGCAGCAGCAGCAGGCUGCGCUACGGAUGUACAGCGCUGGGAGCAGCAGCGGGGGGGGCAUCAGUAAGUCUCCAGAAACGUGCGUGCCAGGGGGCGCGGGAGGGGUGGUGGCGGGCGGCGCCCAGGUGUCCUCCAGGCCUUACGCGCUCACGGCCAGCGCCGGCGGGCUGGACAAAGUCAGCUCCUCCCCGCUGAACUGCGCCGGCAUGCACGGCAACUUCUCGGUGGGACAGUACUUUGCGCCCCCCUGGAACAGCGUGCUGGUGACCCCCGACAGCGACUGCUACAACCCCCAGGACCUGGCCGGGGUCAACACGGGUGGCGCGGGGGCAGGACACCGGGAGCUCGGGUUCCCCCAUCACCACCAUCACCAUCACCACCACCACCCCCACCACCACCCCCACCCCCCGGUGGACAGUGGCGGGGGUCUGUGCUGCAGCCUGCCCAGCAAAAGCCUCUGCAACACCUCCAUCCUGAGCAGCAGCCUGCAGUCCCUGGAGUACCUGAUCAAUGACAUCCACCCCCCCUGCAUCAAGGAGCAGAUGCUGGGGAAAGGCUAUGAGACGGUAUCCGUACCCCGGCUGUUGGACCACCAGCACGCACACAUCCGGCUACCAGUUUAUAGAUAAAACCCCCGCGAACAAUGUCAAGAGUGAAAAGAAUUAACAAAAAAAAAAGAGGAGAUCUUUAUUAUAUAUAAAUAUCUAUAGAUAUAUAUAAAUGUGAUUGGCACUGCUUUAAAUGAACCGAAGGGCGAUGACGGUCUGGGCUUGUUGUGUUAUUGAAGCACCCCUGAAAAAGCCAGUGUGCUAGCUGUAGAGGGCAAAGGUUAGAGGUGAAAAUGCCAUGCAGGGUGGGGUGGGAGGGGGGGCGGGGUUUUGGGGCAGGCGAACGAUGGGGAAUUCAUGCCGAAAGCCUGAAUAACUGGUAUUUGCCAACAGGUAUUUGUGUGCUGUUUUUUGGGGGGGUGCGGGAGGGGGGUGUUUUCAUUCCAUUUUAUUUUAUCCAUCUUGUGACAGGAUAUGAAUCUUGAUAUGACAUGCACACGACCCCUCUCCCCAACCCCCCUGCUACCCCCAAAAAGCCUGAUCACUUUUCCAACCUUGGUUCCCCCCAAUUGGGAAUGGCAGUGACUACAGGCUUCUCUCCAAAACAAAAAAUGUUGGAAUUAGAAAGUAGAAGGAUCAAUGCUAUGGAAUGACAUGACAAGCUCUUUAAGAAAAUAAUGUUUCAAUUGCACUGCUUGGAGUAUAGAAGCUAGUCAGCAGAAGGGAUGGGGUUUGGGGUGAUCUGGAUUAAAUCUAUUUAAUAAGAAACUUGAAAACUUGAACCUGUUAUUUUUUUGUUGCCGUUUUAUAUAUUUUAGGUUAAUAUAAGACAUGCGUUGGCUGCUAAGGGGAAUACACAUCUUUAUUUCUUAUUGCUUAGUUUUGAAGUUUAGUUUUUUUUUCUCCUUUUGUUGUGUAUUUUUUUUUAUUUUGGGUUGCAUUCUCCAUCUGUCCGUGGCUCCUCCUGGAUGAAACGUGAGGCCUCUGCUGGUUUGGUGCUGUAAGAACAGCCAGUCUUUGACAUGUUGGGAGAUGCUGUGAAAGCAACACAAUGGAAGCAGAACAAGCAAAAACGACAACAAAAAAAAAAAUUCAGAUGCGUUGCGAAUAUAGAAUGUCUGUCUGUUUCGGAGGUCCUCUCAACCUGCCUUUGUCCUAUUGGUUUCAACAGUUCCCCAGGCUUGGUUUGGUGCGUUAUGUGUGAUUUAAGGGUCACGUCCCUCAAAACUUAUCAGCUGCUGAGAAAUCAUGGUUUUUAAAGUCCUGAAAAAGAAACUCUUGUGUGGCUGUGGAUGGGCUGGUGGAUUUUGCUAUGCCGUUAUGUAGAAACUGGUGGUGAUGGGUAUAGAGGGGGCUCGGAUUAAAUCCGAUCUGAAGUGCACAAAAAUAGGAAUUUCACACUACGGGGCAGGAUGGAGCUCAAUUCCAGUAAGAACAGCGUGAAUCGGAUAAGGAAAUGCAACCUUUGAUCCCAGCUGUGAAGGAGCUGAGCAGAGAUGUCUUGCAAACUCUGAUGACUGUCCCUCUGAUUGCCUUCAGCUCUGUCUGUGAGUCGCGAAUUGGUGUGAGAGAGGGCUUAAUCUUCCAGUGAUAUCAAAUCAAGAUUGAAAUCCAGGAUCAGAUCUUAAUCCAGUGCCACCCACGAGAUCUGUCAUAGAGAAAAGGCAGGCUAACAAAGUACAAGAUAGUGUAUGGGGCUUGCAUACUGAUGUGGAAUACCUAAAACUCUUCACUUUUCUCUUUGGUUUGGAGAAAAAAACCCAAUCCUGUGGCUUUUUGGACUGUAGCUGAAAAGGCAAGGUAGUGUUAUGGUGUGGCACUCAUUUCACUUUUCUUUUGUAACAUACAGUCAGUAGAAAUAUAAUUCUUUUCAUGCUGUGAUAUGCUGGAUGUAGUACUGCAUUCUUAUUCUGGUUAAAAGGUCUUUAGUACUUAGCUGAAAAAAGGAACAGUGCAGGUCUUUAAUGAAGAUGCAGCCCUUCCAAGUGAAUGUACUGUGUUUUUGUUAAGUCCAUUGCCUUGAUUCCUAUAAUUGGAGGAAGGACAAUUUGAAAAAAAUCACCACUUAUACCCAAAUGAUCAGAUUUAGAAUGUGUACAUGCUGUAGGUUUGUACCACCGUUACCCUCCCUAAGUAAGUUAUCCCCAUAAACUAAUAUACAUUUAUAUCAACCUGGUGAAAGCUUUUUCAGAAAAAUAUUGGCAGCAGACAAUAUACUGUAUAUUCCAAAAAGUGCAAUUAUUGUGACUGUACUGCCACUUACCUCAGCUUUCAUCAGAAAGCUCUGACGUACUUUAUACAAACAUUUAUGACAGAAAUUAGUUUUUGUGAAGCUGCCACAGAUCAAUGUAAUAUUCCUCCUUUUUGUUGCUUUAAGGAACACUGUGUAGUGUGCUGAUUAAGGGGACAUUUUUGGUGAAAUAUUGUGCAUCGGGAGCUAUUGUUUCCCGAUUUUGGAUUAUCCUGAGUGUUAGUGAGACUGGGAUUGUAGAAUAAUGUUAUUGCAGUGAGCUGAAAACCCUUGGGAAUCAAAUAUUUUCAUAUAAUGUUUCACAGUCAACAAAGACAUUGAUGCUUUCAGGCAUAACUGUGAGUGUGUUGUGUGUGUUGAAUAUAUGACUUCAUAAAGAUUUUGUUUUAUUACUUUGCCUUAGAGACCGAAACCAUCUUAUUACCUUACUACUCCAUUAUAAAACCAAUAAUACUGGCAUCACAGACAUCUGUACAAUUAAAGUAUGUCUUCUCCACCCGCUGUUCUUAGCCCAAAUGCUGUAAUAAGAAUAUUUUACUGAUGAUUUUGCAACACCAUGGCAAAACCAGAAUCGCUGAAAAUAAUUAAUUGAGGCAUAUUUCAUUUUCUUUUUCAUUUUAUCUGUGCAGUCGUCUUAAUUUGCUUUUGGUAAAAUGGAUGUCCCUGCUAGAAAAGAGAGCCUCCAAACAAUUUGCUAAAGCAGCAAUUUGAAUUAAAGCAAUAUUGCAGUGUGUCAUGAGUUUCAGUUCUAAAGGGGGCUGUGGUAAGCCCUUUAGCACUGUUAAUAAAAGGCUACCUUAUUGAUAAAUUUUAAGAUUGACAGAUGUUGAGUCAUGCAUGCAUAACCCCAUGGUUUUUCAUUAGAAUUUAUUUGAAAGAGAAACUCUUGUCUGCACUCAACCUAAUCAACCUAAAGCAUGGUUAAUCUCUUUAAAGAGGUCUUUCACUUCAUUCAGUAUAUUAAUUAAUUUUUUUUUUUAAAGGAACGCAACUGAGUCAAGUACAAACAUUAUUUAAGUCUCUCUUAAAUUAAAGGCUAACUGCUUGGACAUUAUUCAAUACAAAUGCGUUCUUUUCCAUAAGACAUCUCCAUAAGACCCUUAAGAUUUUAUUUAACUAUUUUCAUCCGUCUCCGGGGCUGCCGAGGAAAAAGUUUUUGGACGACGAGCUCAUAUAUAGCUCUCAAGGAACAAGAUGAUUUUGACUAAUUGCUUACCAGAAAGGGCUUCUUCUGCUGUCAGUUACAUAGGAAAUGAAAUGGGCUUCCAGUUUGCAUCCACUGGGUUGCUUGCUGUUAUGUUCCAUAAUGAUUGCAUAAUACCUCAAUAUGCAAUGCAUGUAGAUUUGCAAAGGGAAAAAGGAUGCAUCUAACAUAAUUUCUGGUAAAAAAAUAUAAAGAAGGUUUAGCUGUAGGCCACUGUGAUCUGUGAGUGACCAACCUGAUGGACACAAAGUACCUCUUUUGAUUGAGAAUGCCUUUCUUAAAAUAUCCAUAUUUGGAUACAUGGUUUCUAAGGCUGAAUUUAUAUUUAUAAAAAGCUUGACAGUGAUCCUGGGCAUUUUAAAAAUGCUAUAGAAUAGUUUCCCGUUUCUUGUGUAUUUUCUAAAUCACAGAUCAGAAGAGAUUAUUUUGUAAAAACAAUUGUGAAUGUUUUUUAGGUAACUGAGAUUGAAAACAACCAAAGAGCGUAGAAGGGAUUUUAAUUCUCGUCCCUGAAUUGUACCUUCUGAUUAAAACCAAACAGUAGGCCUCUGCCUCGAGAUUAAAUUACCACAACUUUCAAUUCAGACUAGAGAGCUGUCUGUUGGAUGAGAGGGUGAAACGUGCCACUUUCAUAAACCCUGUUUCAGAUGUUUAUAUCCUUUUGGAAAAUCUCCCCUCUUUUUCCUCUGCUGUUCCUUUCAUCUUCAUCUCCUUGCCUUUAUAUUUCAUCUCUGUCCCCUUUCUCAUAGCCAGUAAAGAAGCCUUGGAUGAAGUAGGCUUUGGGCUGGAAGUCCAGUACUGGGUCUCUUUCCUGCUGUGCACUGCUGUCAUUGCUGAGUGGGUUGUGACCUUUUCUGUUUGCAGCAGUCAGCUUUUCAAGUAAGUUUUUAGCAAUGGCCUUAAACUUUGGGUAGGUGGGUUGGGGUAAGGGAAAAAAGGGGUCCCUCUAAAAAAAAAGGACAAGCUGAAUGCUUUUCCCCCCCCAUUUUAAAAAUGUCCUGCUUUGGACGAAUUCGUGAAAUGUUAUCUACCUCUAGGCCCCUAACCUUAAUCAGUCUUUGUCUUUUUUUGUUUUCCUGAAGCUUUUUUUCUGUCUUGUGUUACACUGGAGGGCAAACUUGGAGGCUGGAGCCUUUGUUUGCAGUGCAUUGAGUGAUCCAUGCCCUCAAUUUUGAAGGGGACAGAAGGGAGGAGGCCUUUCUGAGAGAGGCAGAGACUUCAUGCAGUCUGUGGGAGACUCCAUGUUCUCUAUACUGUGGCUGUUGGUGGCGGCGGCGGUGGGGGGGGGUAGGUUUUAUUCCGCCCACCUUGACCCUAACCUUUCUAGCGCUGCAAGCCGAGUCCUGACCUGACAAUGGGCUGGCUGCCCACAUUAGGAUAAUAGUAUUAAAUUCCAAAUAGAUUCUGCUCAGAGCUUCACUCAUCCACUCGAGGCUUUCUCAGCUGCUGAAACGGGGUGGCAUAUGGUUUGUCAUUAUCUGAGCCCCCCCUCUGUAGGCCAGUGCAGUGAAAAGACUAAAUACUUAAACAAACUGCAAUGCUGAGUUUUGGGAUGAGUGUUUACCCAGGACUGUGCUCAUCAGGUUCUUGCCCCAGAACUUUUAAACCCUCUUUUAGAAGCAGAGCUUUCAAUUUCUGUGUUUGUACAGGCAUAUGAUGGAACAAAGUUUUUUUUUUUAUGCACAUGUAUUAAUUAGUGGCUAAUUCAUACAUUUUGUACAUCUUUCUUGUAGGGCAGGUUAAAAUGCCCUUACUGGAAUAAAGAGAGUACGCUGUCUGUUAAAAAUCAGGAUAAUUGCCGAGCUGCUUUUGUCACUUCUAAUCCCACAGCCAGUUACUCUGUUCCAUCUAGACCAAUCUCCCUGAGGCAGAGUGAACUGGGCCACACUGUCCUCUAAAGUUUAAACUGUGAAGCUAGCAAGUGGUGCUCCGCACUCCCAAAGUUAGCAUCCCUGUCUCUCACUAAACCUAAAAAUCCCAAGAAAAUCUGCUGAACGGUAUGAAAAAAAUAGCCACAGUGAAGCCCACAAGGAUUGUAAGAAGGUUUGAUUGUGAUACUUCAAGUGAACAGGACGUUUAGUUUUAAGCUCUUGACAACAGUUGCCCAUCAGGCCCACUCAACAAAGUUCAUUGUUCCUGCUCCAGUUGACAACAGUGCUCUCAGUGCCUACAGGGCCCAGACUUAGGGACUAUCAUAAAGCAAACAGCAGGCUUCUCUCAGGGCCUACAGUAAAGGAGUGUGCAUCUGAGGGUGAAAUUAAUGAGAGGAGGGAGGGAGUUGUUUGUGUAAGAUCACCAAUGCUGUUUUGGUCCCUGGUGAAUGAAAGCUACCCACAGAUAUCCAUUAUGUGUAGGUUGCCGUGGGGACGGCAUAGCUGACAUUUUGCUGAUGUUUUUAUUUUUUGUUGUUACCUCCUUGCAAUCAUUUGUUUUUGCUCCUAACUUUUUUUGACAGAUUUUUCAAUCAGGACACUAUAAAAGGCUGGGGAGGGAAAAUGCUUAUAUGUAUAGAAUAUCUUUUAAAGUAGAACAACCCAUUCCCAAAGUAUUUAAAUAGUGAAUCUAUUUGGCUUGAGUGCCAGGCUUGUAUUGGUCAUUUUUUGGUUCCAUAGCAAGAGUUUAACAAUAUACUACUAUGACAGUUUUGAAUUUAUCUGUGUAUUCAAGUUUAUUGGCGAUUUAUUUUUCUGUCCAAACCAAUCCAAGCUAUUUUACAAAAGUGUGGUUAAAAAGCACUAAAAUUCUUACUUGUUAAAGUUGUCAUAAUGGUGAAAACCGGUUCCAGCUGCAUCUUAAGGUAUUUUAAACCUUUUCUUGCUUUAAAUUUGAAGCAAUUUCAGAAGCCAAUGCCCUCUAGUGUCAGAAUAGGAAGAAGAAUCAGAAUUACUGUAUAUUCCUCUUUCUUUGCUUUUUUUUUGUCCCCAAACCCCCACACCUCGUUUACCAGUCAAUUUUAUUUCUUUUCCAUUCCACUCCUUCAAUCUGUAUUUCUCCGUGGCUUUUCCGUUUCCUAUUUCAGCAUGGCGUGAGUGUUUUCCAUGGCCAGCCUCCUAUUUGUUUAUCCCCUCCAGCCCCUGGGAGCGACACUAAUCAGCUUUCUCCGAGACCUCCGCGCGCACACAUUCCUCUCAGCUAGUUUUAUCAACAUUUCAAGGGCACACAGAAGAAAGAUUGAGAGAAUCCUCAGAGGCCACUACAAAAAGAGAGAUAUAAUGGCGGUGGUGGGGGGGGGUGCUGUCUUAUUAUCAGUGUUUCUUGCACCCAGUUUUCAUCUCCUGUUUGCGUGAGAAAGAUGAGGAAAGGGCCCUCAGAGGGCCCCACUGUAUUUGUAGUUUCCAACUGGCAGGUACAUUUAUAUAUCAAGGUUUCUCUUCUUUGUAACCCACAGCUAAUGAUGGCUGCAGUAUGACCUCCCCAAGAACUUUCAGCCUUUAGUAUGAAAUUACCAGCCCUUUGAUUAUGUCUGUGGUUAUCGGAGGCAUUUUUAAUAAACCCUUCUAAAAGAUUUUCAAGAUUUCACGCACAGUGGAGUCUGACCAAGGUGUUGCCAAGCUUUCAAAUUUUUGCAUUUCAGUCUUGCAGAAGGAGAUAUGAAACUUUGAAAGACUAGCUGGAUAAUGUGUUUUUUUUUAGGCAUGCUAGACAUUGUUUUUUCCCCCGGUGUCCCAAGUUGUUGUCACACGCAAGCCUGGAGUGUGUGUGUGUUUAGACAAUAGGGAGGUGAGACAGAAUGGAAACUGUGAAAGGAAUAAUAUUCACCGUUCUGUCUGGUGAGUGGGGGGGGAAACUGGGUAGAAGUCAAAAGUUGUGAGUUUGCGUCCUUCAAGGCUAUCCUUGAAGAGAGACCAGGCCUCGCCUGGCAGAUUGGCCGCGCAUUGUGAAUAAACAGCAGUAAUGCGAUAACACGUUUCUAACAAAAACAAGCCGCUGCUUAUUUCCUCAGAGAACACAGGCACGGCCUUCGGAAGAAUUUUCCGAGUCUGUUUGUGUUUGUCUCGGAAAGAUGGAUACGUCUUUGUGGAACGCUGGAGACAAACAGGCCUUGAGUUUAGCGCGGGCACACGAAAAAAAAACAACACUAAACACAGAGAAGAUGGGCGAAAGGGGGCGAAUGAAAGGCCAUUUUGUGAGGCGAAAAAAAAAAACAAGGCCAGCUGCUCUCUCUGUGGAGAUCAGCAGUUCCUGGUUGGCCCUGUUGUGGACAACAGGGAUGCUGUCCCUCUGGUGAGCGAACACUAACACUUCAACCUGUGUUUGUGGCGGGACUGGAAUCAAGCCCUGGCUCAGCAGCACACUUGUCACACUGAAAUUACAAUAUUUCCUGUCACUGCUUUAUAAUGCCAGCACAGACAGAGCACUGUGAAAACUGCCACAGAACUAGCUAGUGUUUGUGUUAUUUUAAUAUUCAGAGCGUUUUUUGCCUGUUAAGAAGAGUGAUGGCUGUAUAGCGUUUAUCUGCUCGUACAGAGGACAUUUCCAUUUGAAAAUGAAUUAGGACACCAAACCGAUGCUUUACCCUUGAUGUCAGCGAUUUGAAAGGGAACUUUUUUAGAUAGUAACAUUUCUUUUUUCCAUAAAGUUUCUCCUUUUUGAUGCUCAUGACAGAUCCCUUGGUGGCCCUUGUUCAGGAAAUUUUCACUCCUUGUGUUGUCACUGCAAUGGAGAUAUUCUCUUUUUUUUUCAACUGAAUUUCAACCCCUGGAGAAAUACUGAGUGAGUGUUUUUGAGAGGCAAUCAGAGCAUUUGAUAAAAUAUGUUAAUUACUGUUAUGUGGCCUGACAAGGAAAUGUAGAUAUGCACGCGUUACAGACACACUGACUCGGUGCUGUUGCAGACAAAUGAUUCCCUGCAGGCUGGGCAUUCGCUUUAUUCCUAGUAAAUGUACUACCUUGACAUUAAACAUUGCUGUUGUCUCUGUCACAUUUCUUCUGAGGUGUAAAAAGCUUACAAAAUCUUUUUUUUGUUGUUGUUGUUGUUGCUCAGAACAUACUCUGACAUACUGUUACUUGAAAAGCAUUCCAGCAGACUACUUGGGAUACCAGACUUUUUUUAUUGUGUUAUCGCAGUGUAAAGGAGUACAGCCCUCCAGUUCAAGGUAUUUUAAAGGCCCUUCUGGAAAUUUGUUUUUUACUGAUGCACUGGAAAAUGUUUUGUAUUUGGUCAUUUUAGAUCUCACUUGUUUUGUCGCUUACCUUUAAUUUUUCGGUUUUGAAGUCCUUGACGGUGGUCAUUCAGAGAAAAACUACUUAUUUGAAACUGGAUACAACACCCUCUGGGCGUCGUAAAUAAACUCCAUGUCAACACUGAAACAGCAGCACUACAGGGCCUUGGCUUCCAUUGGUAUUGAACUGCAGGCGAUUCUCCAUGUUUUCAGUGGGACUGUGGUUGAUGCUCACCAUUUCCUAAGCCGUUUUAUUUUCUUGAGUGUUAUUGGACUGAUAACAAAUGCAUCUCUUUCGCAUUUCCUUCAUACUUGUAACCACAGCAACCAUUCAUAACACAAGAGAGUCUGGGAAAUAUUAAUGUUUUUAAUAUUUAGAUCAACCGGGAAUGGGGAAAAAAAAAACUAGUGAUUGUUUCUGGAUUGAUCUUUGGACCACCAGCACAGCCAAAGUCUGGGGAACACCAACCUUGAAAAAUAAUAUAUAUGGAAAUCGAACUCUAUGAAGCAUCUCUCAUUGGUCUCCCUGCAGUAUUGUAUUUAUGUUUGAAAACUGUAUGUUUCCUCAGGAUAAAUGUGUAAAGAAUAUAUUACUUUUUUAAUAUAUAUGAUUUUGAAAGAAGGCUUGAUAAUUUAAUGAAGGAGCCUGACUCAGACAAAGCUGUAAAAUCUUUAGCCUUGUGAUUCUCAACUCUUGAAUGUGCCUACAGCCCUGUUUCCCUGUGAUUGCUUACUUUAACUUCAGCCCCUUCUCCCUCUCUUUCCCAUUGUCUCCAAAACUGCUGCCCUGCCCCUUCAAAUAUCAUUAUUAAUCUUGUACUUUCAGAUACAAAACACCUGCUUUUUUGUCAAUCUCAGGACUGAAAUCUCUUUAUUUUAAUGUAGAUGUUUUAAUUUAUUCUCUCCUUCGUUAUUUUAUUAUUGUUUGACUUGAAGCAAAUAAAGCAGAUAACUUCUACA